GGUUUUUUGUGUGCUGCGAACCCUGUUUCAGAGGACCAUAAUCUUUGUGACAACUCUUCCUCUUAGAACUGUAUAUAGAGUCAAAUGUGAGCCAUGCAAUUAUGCCAUGCCUUGGCGUUGGUUCUCGCGCGGGGUUAUUGCCAGUCUCACGCUUUGUGUACUGCUAGCAGCUGUGCUUAAAUCGCAACAAGUUGAGCCAGGCAAAGUUCACCUCAAGAUGCUUCAGGUGGCAACAUUGCCACCAACUCCGCCAUCAAAUCCGCCCAGCUCGACAACAACUUCAACUCAACCUACCUUGACAUCAACGAGAACAACCCGAACGACCCGAGCCACAAGCACCACAUCCUCACCUGACUUUGAAGGGCUACGAGCUGCCUUCUGUAUUACAGCAGGAGAAGUACGCACAUUCACGGAGCAUGUGGUUCAUCGCUCAAUGCAGCGGAAUUUGAUCGAGGCGUUUGGUGUGAAGUCCAAUGUUUUUUGGCAUCUCAACAAAGAGCGUUCGAAUAUCCAACUUGAUGCCGCGAGGAGAGUGUUGCAUCCAGUGCACGAAACUUUCUUUGUGCCACGACCGAAAGGUGAUUGCCAUUGGCUUGGCCAUACUGUGCGAUCACAGGCAGAUGCCAUUGAGCAAUGCAUGAACAUCAUUAAGACCUUCGAACACAAGGAGGGCAUUCGCCACCACUUCAUUUUUCGUGUUCGCUCAGAUUUGAUCUUUAUGCGCCCGUAUCCUCAUGUGAGCUACUUUUUUACACCUCCACAACAGCCAAAGGCGCUGUAUAUGCUUCGAGACUGGUUUUGGAUGGUUCACCGCUCAAGGAUGGAGGAUGUCUUUAGAGUGGCAGGAAGCAGCUGCCAUGAAGAAAACACCUUUGAGCCUAUAGUUGCGAGACGGUGGAAGCGCCUGAGGAAACUUCCCAUCUAUUUUCAGUGCUGGCCGAACGUGUCCUGUCCACAUGAUAUGCUAAUACACUGGAUCAACGGGGAUCCACACUGGAUCAAGUGGCAUGUGCUGCCCUUCUGCGUUGUCUCCAGGAUGAAUAGGACCAAGUCAGGCGAGAUCCGCGUGAGUCUGGAACAGUGGGGUAGACUUAAUGUCUCCGGAGUGCCCAUAGACAUGUUCUUCGGAGAGGACGAGGCGGACCGCUAUGUGGACGAAUGGCAUGCGAAUUCCGUCUUUGGCUGGGGAAAAGGCACUGCGCAGUCCGUUUUAGGAUGGAAUAAUAGGAAAGACAAGAAAGAAAUGACAUAAUAAGGAAGCAAAUAGACAAGAACAACUGCGUUAGGCUUUAGGUCUUGGACUUGUUUUGCGUGACACACUGAUUUUUCCGAAAGAG